AUGUUUUUGAACACUUUGGAUUUAGGAAGAUGGACGGUUCAAAAUUGGAAGAAGGAGUUUCCAAUUCGACCUCCUAGUAUGCUGAGACGUUCCACACAAUCAUCUGAAACUGCGUCGGAGCCGAAAGAAUCCCUUAUUCAGUUUUUGGAGUCUCUUCCUGUAAUGGAAUCUCAUUAUUGUCGAGCGACGUCACAGAAGUUGUAUUUAUUGCCAGAAUGGAGUUCUAAAGAAAGCCUCUACCAAUUUUACGUUAACGAUUGGUGCAAAGAGCGAAAUAUGAAAGCUCUCUCCAUCAGUUUGUUUUCGAAUUUAUUUGAAGAUAAAAAUUUGGCCCUAUUUAAGCCGAAAAAAGAUCAAUGCGAAAAAUGCGCCAGUUAUAAAGUAGGAACAGUAACAGAAAAAGAAUACAAAGAACAUAUUGAGCGAAGUAAACAAGCAAGAGAAGAAAAAGAUGCGGAUAAGAAGGGAGAAAAUUACGUUUUCACAGUGGACUUACAGGCUGUACUAAUGGCACCAAAAUCGAAUGUUAGUACGUUAUACUAUAAAACGAAGUUGCAAGUUCACAACCUUUGCUUUUUUAAUAUAAAAAAUAAAGAUGGCUACUGUUUCAUAUGGAACGAAGUAGAAGGUGGACUUAAUGCUGAAGAAUUUGCCUCCAUUUGGGUUGACUUUUUAGAAAAUAAAAUAAUACGUCCUGAAAUUAAUGCUGACGAUGGGAAUAAAACAAUUAUAAUUUACAGUGAUGGUUGCACUUAUCAGAACAGAAACUGUAUUUUAUCUAACGCUCUUUUGAAUAUUGUCAUGAGGCACAAGAAUAUUACUAUCGAACAAAAAUUUUUAGAAGUGGGUCAUACCCAAAUGGAGGCCGAUUCUAUGCAUUCCACUAUAGAACGUCACCUAAAGAACAAAGUCAUAAAUGUGCCCGCUGAAUAUAUAUCUAUUGUUAAGCAUGCUCGUAAAUGCCCAGCACCCUAUUGCGUGACAUAUUUGGACCACACUUACUUCAAAAAAUUCGACAAAAUUCAGUUUUAUAAAAGUAUUCGCCCAGGAAGAUCGAAAGGGGACCUUAAGGUGACUGAUAUUCGUGCACUACGUUACGAAAGCAAUGGAUCUAUAUUUUAUAAAACUUGCCUUAAGGAUGAAUGGCAAAGUUUACCACAAAGGCGAUCUCUGCAAUGUAAUCCUUGCGAGAUUACUGAACUAUCUCAAUUGCACCGGAGCCGACGUAACGUCGAAAAUGUAAACAUCUCCGAUUCUGAUGACUGUGAGUAUCGAGAAAUAUAUGCCGUUGCUUCUGUCCAUGAAGAACCGAGAAUCAGACAAAACACUACCGACUCUAUUUCAUACUCACCUUCUAUUCUUCAACACGAUCCUGAUAUUAUACCGCCUUCGCCAUCAGUUUAUAUUCCACCGUCACCAUCAAUAGACUCAAUCUGCAGCCCCGCAUCAUUAGCACUUGCCGCAUCUUCAGCCCCUGCCGCAGCUGCCGCAGCUACUGUACGUCUUCGGCGUUAUAAGAAAACUCCGGUAAUCGUAAAAAAAACCGUUUUGAAACCUACCAAACUGUCUCCUAAAUGGACAAAAACGAAAUUUCAAGGAUCAGCAGUUAUAGAAGAUAACAUGUUUUGCGAUUCUACUGAUAUUGAAAAAUCACCGCUUGAUUAUUUUAAGUUAUUUUUUACUGACGAUAUACUAGAACUUAUUGUAUAUCAUUCUAAUUUGUAUUCUGUGCAGAAAAAGGGCACAUCAAUUAAUAUUACCAAAGAGGAUAUUAAAGACUUCAUCGCUAUAAAUAUUUUAAUGGGUGUUGUAGAUAUGCCGGCAUACACCGAUUACUGGUCAAACGAAUUUAAAUACAGUAAAAUUGCUGACGUCAUGACGUUAAAGAAGUUUCAGUGUAUUAGACGUUACAUUCAUUUUAAUGACAACUUAAAAGAUGACGGUGACAGAUAUUACAAAAUAAGGCCACUAAUAGAAAAAGUUCGUCGUAACUGUGCGUCCAAUAUUCCUGAAGGAAAACGUUUUAGCAUCGACGAGAUGAUGGUGCCUUAUAAGGGUACUAGAGCCGGAAGCCGAAAACAAUACAUAAAGAAUAAACCCAAAAAAUGGGGCUUUAAGUUUUUCGUUCGUGCUUCACCAUCCGGCCUAGUACAUGAUUUUAUCAUUUAUGGAGGAGAAGACACUUUCAGACUCCAUACUUUUGCUGAAAAAGAAAAAAGUAUGGGUCUUGGAGCCAAGGUUGUAAUAGCUUUGGCCAAAUCAAUCAAGCAAAAACCAUGCUCCGUACUAUACUUUGACAACUUUUUUACGUCAAUUGAAUUGAUGCAUCAUCUAAGGAAUGAGUAUGGUAUAUUCUCCUUAGGUACAGUCAGGACAAAUCGGCUUCGUGGGGCAGAGAAAAAAUUACCAAGUGAUAAGGAGAUGAAAAAAAAGGGCAGGGGAGCUUUUGCACAGGUCGUGUCAAACGAACACAACAUCGCUGUUGUGAAAUGGUUCGACAACAAGUGUGUGGUAGCUGCAAGUACUUAUGUGGAUGCUCACCCUGUACAUAACAUAAUGCGAUACAAGAAAGAAGAGAAGAAAAAAGGUCUCGUCACAUGCCCAAAUUUAAUAAAGCACUAUAACGCUAAUAUGGGUGGGGUCGAUCUAGCCGACAUGUUAGUUGCUUUAUACCGUACUGAUUUAAAAGGACAUCGUUGGUAUUUAGUAUUAUUUUCUCAGAUUCUGGACAUCUGUGUCAAUAAUGCCUGGUUGCUAUAUCGUCACGAGAACAGUGGUAAACAAAAACUAUUGCAACUCAAAAAGUUUCGAGUCACUUUAUUUAGGCAACUGCGUUUUUUUGAGAGGAGUUCUAAUAUACAACCAGAUGCCAUUUCCAAAACUGAGAGAAAAAUAAAAAAGCCUGUUGCGGAGAGGCCUGAUGAUGCUACUCGUUACGACCUAACUGGACAUCUUCCUGCUUUUAUGACAAAAGGCAGAUGUAGACUAUGUACUAAACAUCAAACCAAAUUUUUUUGUCCAAAGUGUAACGCACGACUGUGUAUAGUUGAAGGGCGAAAUUGCUUUAUAGAUUUUCAUAUUAAGUAGUAUUUAAGUUUUUCACAUUGUUACAUAGUAGCAUGUGAGUAAACAUUGAUCUCAGAGCAUUAGAACUGAAUAUUGUGAUAAAUAAUAAUAUAUAGUUUAGCUUUGUUUAAAAAAAUGUCUACCUAUGUCAUAAUAUUGUAACCGUAGCAAACCUAGUUUCAAAUUGAUCUCAAAACUUGUUGAUAUUUUUCAAUUUCAAUAUUAUUUUUAUGUUAUUGUUUCUUUUUUAGUUUUUGUGAUUACAUGGCAGUGUGCAUGUAAAGACACAUAUUUUUUUGUAGGUUUUUUCUUGUGAGCUUGGCAGUGUGCACUGGAAGACACAUAAUAUAUCCUGAAAACUGAAAUUCACGGAUUUUUUAUUUUAAUUUUCCUGAUAUCCUUAUAAUCCAAUUAACACAGGGAAGUAGUAAAAGUUUAAUUUUUUAAAGGUUAAAUUCUCUGCCAAGUAUAGGGUUAAGUCGGUACCUUGUUAAUUGCGCGCUGUGCAACAUCACGGACUACGUGACGAAGUAGGUAUGUAGGUAAGUUCUUGCACUCGCCGCGAAUAUUGUAGGUAUUCACAUUAUUGUUGUGCGAUUUUUCAGAUGUACAAGAAAAUGUAUCGGAUAAUAUUAGCAGUACGUCGAUGAAUAUAUCUGGAGUUAGCAGUGAGGUGACUGAAGAGCAAUUGCAGGCUGCCCAAAUGUUAGAUGACUUACUCACUCUUUCUGACCAGGAUUCCAGUCCCAUGAUUUUCUAACUGGUCACGAAACGUUGACUGAUGAGGAGGAUUUAUGGAUUACCCCAGAGCCCACCGAAGCAACCGAUUUCAGCUCAGAUGAUAGUGUAGUUGAUAGGACAUACGCUCCUGAAAUAGACAGUAGUUCCUCAUCUGAGUCUCAAGGAAAUGAUGACCAUAAUGUUGAAGUUACUAGUAUACCUGAAGAACAUAAUCAACGGCG